AUGGGUGUUGGUAUUAUGGUUCUCUCUUCAGUCCAAAGAAGAGCAUUGAUCUUGAUGAAAUUUUUAGUAAGUCUGAGUCAUAACGAGCAUACUGAUGUUGAUCAUGGCAUUGCUGAAGAUGAAAAGUGCAAGAAACCCAUUGCAAGGGCUAAACAAAUAUUUAGAGAAGAAAGUAGUAAUGGUAGUAGUCCAUGUUUUGAGUCAAAAGAUUUUGAUUCAGCUAAAAUCUCUGGGGAAGAUGGGAAAGAUGAAGAAAAGGAGGUUGAGUGUCUUGCAAGCAUGUUUAGAGCUUUGGGUGAAGAUGGUGAUGGAAAAGUUAGUUCAGAUGAGAUAGUGAGGUUUUUGGAGAGAUUAAGUCUGGAAAUGCCCAAGGAGGAGGUGGAAUUGGCUGUGAGAUCAGUGUCUGCAUGUGGUGAUGACUUUCUCACUGCAAUUAAAUUUGAUGAGUUUUAUAUAAUCCUAUUUGUAGAAAAGGAAGAGGAAGUGGAUAAUGUGAAGGUUGAGAAGGUAAUUAGUGAGGCAUUUGAUGUGUUUGAUCAAAAUGGAGAUGAGUUUAUCAGUGCAAUGGAGUUGGCUGAUGUUCUCUCCAGAUUGGGUUUUGUGGAGGGGAAAGAUAUGAGUUGCUGCGAGAGCAUGAUUGAGAAUGUAGAUUGUAAUGGAGAUGGGUUUGUGGAUGUUCGUGAGUUUCGGCAUUUAAUCACCAGAACUUCUUCGAGAGCUUAUCCUUGUAUCCAAUGUGUUGCUGCAGUAUAA